CUUACAACAACAUAUGCAUAAAAUACUAGGCGCCCAUGCUUUCUGCCCACGAGCAUCGACUUUGUGCAUGCGCUGGGUGCGGCAAUGCUUCGCAAGCCACGAAGCUUGACACACAGCGUGCGCUUUUACGUUCACGGCAAAGACUAACAUACAGAUAUGCAGCCCCUAAGAACGCGGUCCACGGGGAUGGACAAGCGGCAGUUGGCAUGAUGCAAGCAAAUGACAUCAAGGACGCUGGCAAAGCGCAACAAUCCUGGAAAACUCAUCUGGGUUUCAAAGCUUAUGGGCUUCGAGAGUGUGGGCACGAGCCGGUGCUUAUCCAACGGCGAGUGGUGUUGCAUUCCUACGCUUUACCUGCCCUCUUGGCAAGCCUUACAAUUGGCUCAGACGAUCCGACAACCCUCCUGAACAGCGUGCUUGGCGGAUAUGGACUGCCUCGCUUGCCCAUUGCUUCCGGCUUCAAAACACUGGAUGAUUUUGAGCUGGACCUCACAUUCGAGUACCCGCGGAGCUGGGUGGUACGGCGCAACACGCUGCGGCCGGGGCUCUACAUCUCGGACUUCAACACGGCAGACAAGCUCUCCCUGGAGGUCUUCCCCUGGCAGCAACACCCGCCGCCUGGUACGCCACCGCCUCCGCAGCAUCAGUUCGGAGCACAGGAAGCAGCAGCAGCAGCAGAGCUAACACCAGCAGCGGCACUGCCAGCAGCCGCCUUGGGAACGGCAGCAGCAACACCACUAGCAACCGCAACGUCAUUGUCGUCAGCAGCAGUAGCAGCAGGGGAGAAAGACCUCCUAGUGCAAGCGGCCGUAGCAGCGGCAGUGGCUCCAGGGGCUGUGGCGUCAGGCCAGCCGGCUGACAAGCUGCUGCUGCCCCCUGCGAGCAGCAUUCGGAGCCGCACCCAGUUGGUGGACGGGCAGGAGUACACCUACCUCCAAUUCGCGUCUGAGACCCUCACCCGCAGCGGUUACCAGGUACGGCGACGGAACUUCGCAGUGGUGGCUGUACGACGAGGAACCGUGUACUGCCUGAAUGCAAGCUCCCGGAGCGAUCAGUUCGAUGCGGAUAAGGAGGCACUGCUGCGCCACGUCAUCGAGUCCUUCCGGGCCCGUUGAUGGUGGGGUUGCCGAAUGGCUUUGCAAUUUCCGCUGGGCGCAACUGGUGCUGUGUAUAGUUGCUGUGUAUGUUGGAUGGCAACGUUAGAACGAGGAGAAGAAAGGGAAUGCUCGGUGGUGUGGGAAAGGAUGCGGGUGU